GUUGCGCUUUGGGAAGGUGGUUGCGGAGUCUGGUGCUGUUGGUUAACAUCCAGCAAGCACGAGAUACAGCCAAUCCUGGAAGGACAUCGAAUCGUUGCGACCUACAAGGUUCUGGCUGAGCCGGGCUCAACGAUUUCCGUGGACCCGAACGCCGUUGCCCUGGCCGAGCGCCUGAAUGAAUGCAUUCCUGAGCUGAAGACGUUGCUACAGGAAAAGCGUUUGCGUGAUGCAGGGUUCCUGCUCCAUCACGACUACAGCUUCGAUGGGAGGCCACACAUGGACUUUCGGAGACUUGUCGGCCGCGACCGGACAUUGUGGUUGGCCUUGGAAUUGCUUGGCUUGGAGCUCCAGGUUCGCGAGGUGAAGUUGGUGCACGAAGUUCUUGACAAUGAUGAUGGUGAGCUGACGCAUAGAAAAUGUCGCGUGGCGGAGGAGGUGCAGCACGUCGAUCCUUGGGAUUGGCUCUUGUUGGAUGCUGAGCAGGAUUUGUGGAGCGAUGACGAGCUGAGAGUCGAACUCACCAGAGAGGCAGCUGAUUUCUUUGGCGUCAAAGAGCUGCGAGCUGCUGACGUGGACAAAGUCCUGUUCUUUGCAAGAACUGACUGGGACGAUGCACACGUUGGAUUCUGGCCCGUGAUGGGGUGCCUCUGGUGCAUCUCGCGCGACAAGUUGCUACACAAGUUCAGAAGCAGCAGUUUCGAGGGCGUCGAAGAUGAGCUUUGGGGCAACGAAGGCACCUUCAGCAUCUACUGGUACAAGGCAGCCGCACUGAUGGCUCGAAUUCGUGCCGACGACUCUGUGUGUUGCGAUGACGACAUCGAUUUGGAAGAUUAG